AUGACAAAGAAGUGCCUUUCCAUAGCCACUUGGCUCAUAUACAUGCUUUACAAUCUGCCCGACACAGGUGUUAGAGAUGCUGCCCGGAAGGCUUUGCUUGACCAAUUCAUAUACAUACUACAAUCCUCUAAGAAUCUUGAAGAGAAGAUUUUGGCAACCGUUGCCCUGAGAAGCUUCAUUAGUGAUCCAGGUGCACUUGUUGAACUUGGUGGCUACGCUAAAGGCUUAAUGUGGAGUUAUUCAGAAGGAUUUGAGCUGGAUACAUCAAUGAAUGGAGAGGUUCCAUCUUUGGUUAACAUAAAAGGUCGACUAAUAAGCAGCAGCCAUUCUGAUGGAACCAUUAAGGUUUGGGAUGGUGGUAAAAAGGCAUUAUGGUUGAUUCAGGAGGUUCGUGAUCAUGCAAAAGCUGUCACAUGCCUGUAUGUUUCACCUUCAAGUGAUAAAAUCUAUAGUGGUUCCUUGGAUAAAACAAUACGGGUAUGGGUAAUCAAACAAGAAGGAAUCCAUUGUAUCAGGUCCAUGAUGUUAAAGAGACUGUCUGUGGGUUGGUAGCUGAUGCAGAUUUUGCAUAUUUUUCUCUCAAAGUGCUGGAG